CCACCGACGAGCCUCUUUGCUGCCCCGGAAGUACUUCCUCAGUGUGUGGCGCCUCCCCCCCGCCCCGACGGAGAAUACUUCUGGGUGAAGCCGCCGCUUAGGCCGGAAGGAGCUCGGCGCCGGUCCGGUUGGCCUCCACUAACAUCUUUUAAUCUUGAAGACUUCAAAAUACCUGGAUCUACCACUUUUUUGGAAAACUCAAAUACCAAGCAAUAAAUUAGCCACUGUGCUGUUGUUAUACUUUAGAAGCUCUUCAGUUCUCCAAAUCUAAACAAGAUUUUUCUUGCAUUUUCCCAUGAAGCCACAGUGUUGUUUAUUCACUUUAGUGGUGAGCGUUACUGUGCCGGUGGCUUUUGUUUGGGAAGAUGUAGACUUCAACCGAAUGGCCCCACUGGGAACAAAUCAUAGUUCUUUCAAUGCAUCAGUUCCUCCAGGCUUUGAACUCUCAGCAGGUUCUCACUCAGGUGAUGAUGUCAUCAUAGCUAAAGAGGGAACAAGUGUUUCGAUUGAGUGUCUCCUCACAGUCAACCACUAUGAAGAUGUCAAUUGGUACAACUCAAAAGGACAGCAACUGGAUGACAGAGGCAGAGGUGGAAAAUGGUUGGUUUCUGGUAACGUCCUGAAUAUCACCAGUGUAGCCUUUGAUGACCGUGGGCUCUAUACGUGUUUCGUCACCUCUCCAGUUCGUGCCUCCUAUUCUGUCACCCUGUGUGUUAUCUUCACCUCUGGAGACAUGAGUGUCUAUUACAUGAUUGUUUGCCUGAUUGCCUUUACAAUCACUCUCAUCUUGAAUGUCACACGGCUGUGCAUGAUGAGCAGCCAUCUUCGUAAGACUGAGAAGGCUAUCAACGAAUUCUUUAGAACUGAGGGGGCCGAGAAACUUCAGAAGGCCUUUGAGAUCGCAAAACGUAUCCCCAUCAUCACCUCAGCCAAGACUCUGGAGCUUGCCAAAGUCACACAAUUUAAGACGAUGGAGUUUGCUCGUUAUAUUGAAGAACUGGCAAGAAGUGUCCCUCUUCCACCCCUUAUUCUAAACUGUCGGGCCUUUGUGGAGGAGAUGUUUGAGGCUGUGCGCGUGGAUGACCCUGAUGAUAUGGGAGAAAGAAUUAAAGAGAGACCUGCCUUGAAUGCACAAGGUAGCAUCUAUGUCAUUAACCCAGAGAUGGGCCGGAGUAAUUCACCGGGAGAUUCGGAUGAUGGGUCUCUGAAUGAACAAGGCCAGGAGAUAGCAGUUCAGGUUUCUGUUCACCUUCAGUCAGAGACCAAAAGUAUUGAUACAGAUUCUCAAGACAGCAGCCAUUCAGCCCACCUGAUGAUACAGGACCUGCAGAACUGAACUCUCACUACAAAGAUGGAGCGUAUGAAAGCUGCCAGCUGUGAGCUAUCCCAGUACCUACAAACACAGCUCAAAAAAGAGAAGUGUUAUUUCCUGAAAUAACAUCUAUACCAAAAGAUGCCUGGGUUUUUUCCCCUUGUGAAUAUUAAGUACAUCAGAACAUGAAUUAUUGCCAAAAUCUAUGUAAAAAUUCAGCAUUUAUCCUAUCUGAUAUUUCUCUUGAGCCUAAUUAAAUGACACAUAUUAAGAUUUAAAGGAGCCUGAGAGAUAAACAACAGGGGAAGUACCACACUAAGAGUUCCCUGGCCUCUCUUCUGGCCAUGGUUCCUCCAUUGGUUAGGGCUGACACUUGGCUUGAAGCCUCAGUUUUACACGAAUAAGAUGAGGAAUUUGCAUCUGAUGAUAUCUAAAGUCAUUUCUAGCUCUAUAGCUUCUUGCCUGUCACCUUUAAACCACCAAAAUCUAAAGCACAUCUUCUAAAUAAACCCUUCCGUAGA